AAAUUUAUUAUCAUUUGGCUCCACAAACGAUGGAAUUUCCUUUCGAAGCAACAGUUUCACCACUAUAUGAGAUUAUUAUAACGAUACAACUUGUUAUGCAAUUUAUGUUUGCCACAAUGGCUGGAAUGUUUAUGACAAUCAUUGCAACUUUUGUACUUCAUGUAGCUAGUCAACUCGACAUAAUUUGUGAUGGAUUAUUAGAGAUUUUAGACGAACAUAAGGAACAAGAAUUACGUAUAAAAAUUAUAAAAAAGCUUAUAGCAAAACAUCAAAGAACUUUAAAUUUAUCUGAAAAUAUCGAAAAUAUAUUCACAUUUAUCUCUUUGUCACAGUUUUUUUUUAAUAUUUUAGUGAUUUGUUUUGUGAAUUUUAUCCUUGUAACCUCAAUAGGAACUGAGCAAGGAUCUACAGUAAUAUCAAAAUGUUUUCCUUACUACAUAGCUCUUAAUUUUGAGGCACUUAUACUUUGUUAUACGGGUGAAUAUCUUAGUUCAAAAAGUGAGAAUAUAAGUUGGAUUGCGUAUAAUUCUAAUUGGUAUGAAUUAAGUAUUUAUGAAAUUCGUAUUCUUUUAUUAUUAACAAUGCGUUCUCAAAAACCUCUGACUCUUACAAUUGGGAAAUAUAUGAAACUUUCUUUAGAAACAUUUGCUAAUGCGAAUGGCAUUAGCUUUAAUGUGCAAUCCUUCAAAGAUUUUUAUAAAUUCUUAGAAAUACGAACUAUAUGCUUGGAGAGUUUCUCGGGAAAUAAUCAACAGCAACGUCCAACGAAUCCUUUAACUCAUCGAUCGGAGCGAGCACAAUUAAUGUUUUCUCCGCAUAUCCAGCUUGUUUGGGCAACCUUUCUUUGUCAUAAAGAGUUUAAAGAGUUAAAUAUAGAUGAAAAAACAAAAAUCGCACAGCAGGCGAAAUUUUUUCAAUUGUUUCUUUGUUUCAAUUGUUUACAAUCUGGACAUGAAUCAUCGCAUGAAAAAAUAUACGCGCCGAGUUUGUAA